AUGGCUACUACGGAUAGCGAUACGCAUAAUGUUGAUAGACCACUUGAAUGGUUUGAUGAUGAAAGAAUGAACUUUAUGAUGUCUGCAUUUCCAAGCAAUCGAGAGGUUAAUUGUGCUCAUUGGGAUAGUAAAAUGAACUUUUGGAAGCAAUGUAUUCUGCGUUAUUGCCAACAUCAUCAUCAUAUUGACAUGAAUAGAAAUCAACUUAAAAGUAUACUGACUAGAAAUGGUCGUCAACCACUUGGCCUAAAUUUAAUCAUAGAUCAUAUGCUGAGUAGUAAUCAACUCAUUCCUACUAGCGAAUUUCAAUCCUCUUCCAUGUGGAUACGAUACUUGAAAAAAUCCGUCACUUGGUUUCAAAACUAUUUUAUCGGACCUCCUUCCACUACAAAUCAAUGGAUUGUACUACCAGUAAUCAAGGUUGAAUAA